UUAUUUCCCGUGCGGCUACUAAUUUAGCUAACGACAAUAAUUUGGCUGUUUCCUCCUAACGAUGGCUAAUCAAAUUAUGAAUGAGGGAGUUUUAGUUCAUAUGUAUAUAGAAACAUGGUUCUCGUACUAAAGCUGAUGGCGGAAACACGAUUCUGAAAUAUUCCAUCGGAAAAAGAAGAGAAAAUCGACAGAUUAGAAUCUGAGAAAUGAAGAAAAUUAGUACGGAGAAGACGACUCCCCAGCAACCCAAAACGCAACCAGAAAUUGGUGGUAAGAAAUGGGUUGAGAUAUGGAGUGCGCAGUGUGGCGAAUGCUUCAAGUGGAGGAUAAUUCCAAGUGAAGAAGAGUACGAAGAAAUCAGAAGCAAAUUCAUAGAGGACCCUUUCGUGUGCAGCAAAAAGCCGGGAUUUUCUUGCAAUGAUAAAGCUGAUAUAGAGUACGAUAAGUCGAGGACAUGGGUUAUAGACAAGCCCAACACACCCAAAACUCCGACAGGUUUCAAAAGGAGAAUGACAUUGAGGAGGAACGGGUCCAAAAUCGACUGCCAUUACAAAACCCCCAAUGGGACAAAACAAUUGAGGACACCUACCGAUGUUUCCAACUUUCUAACUUCGUAUCCAGAGUAUAACAAUGGCUAUAUCUCUGUCCAGCAUUUCAGUUUCAUUACGCCAAAGAUCAUGCAAGACACUCUUCCACCCACUUCAGCUGGUGCUGCCAAGGACUGAUUUUAUUUGAGGAAAUCGUCGUUUUUUUUUUCGGCUGCUGGAGUUUUACUAUUUUCGAAUUUUUGGGCACCGUAUAUAUGCUCAACUUCACAUAUUUUUUACUUGUUCACAAGUGUUGGGUUUUUGAAGAGGUGUGCAACCACCCACCGGGGUUUUUCGAUUUAAAUUUAUGUUUCUGUUAUUUCAAUUGGAAUCCGGAAAAAGUAGGAAGUGACGUCAUUUGAACGAGACCCAAAUCAAGAACAAGUACACUAGUUUUUGGUUACUUUCUUCCUUUGUAAUGAAUGUUACAUAAGUGGUAAAACCGUAGAAGUCUGGAUUCCUU